AUGGCUUUCAUUACUAGCAAUUCAAAAAAUAAUCUCUUUUUUUUCUUGUGCUUGGCUUCAAUAGUGCCUAGUUUACAUGCCCACGUCAAAGAAUUCGAUGAGUAUUGGCAAAUCAGGGCCAAGGAAGCCCUUGAUGAUUACUGGCAAAUCAGGGCCAAGGAAGCUCAUCUAGCCACCCUCGAUUCACAUCAUCCAAAUCCAGAGGAAGUCACUGAUCAUUUCAACAUGCAUGUCGCCGAGGCAUUAGUUGGUGGUACUAAUAGCACAAGGAGGGGCCUUAGAAAACAUAGAGGCAAAUGCAAGGCGACGAACCCCAUUGACCGGUGUUGGAGGUGCCGCCCUGAUUGGGCUACUAACCGGAAGAGGCUGGCCGACUGCGUGCUUGGCUUUGGGCGCAACACCACCGGUGGAAAGUACGGGGAGUUCUAUCUGGUAAAUGAUCCCUCGGACGAUGAUAUGCAGAAUCCCAAGCCCGGAACCCUUCGCUAUGCUGUGAUCCAGGAGAAGCCUCUGUGGAUCAUUUUUUCGCGGUCUAUGACUAUCAGACUCAAUCAGGAACUCAUCAUGACGAGUCAUAAGACGAUUGAUGCUAGGGGAGUGAAUGUCCAUAUUGCAUAUGGUGCAGGCAUUACCAUCCAAUAUGUCAAGAACAUCAUCAUCCAUGGACUUCGCAUUCAUGACAUUGUUCCAGGAAGUGGUGGUAUCAUCAGAGAUUCUGAAAACCAUUUUGGUUUAAGAACCAAAAGUGAUGGUGAUGCGAUAUCCAUUUUUGGUUCGAGCAAAGUGUGGAUUGAUCAUGUUUCCAUGUCCAACUGCACAGAUGGUCUCAUUGAUGCUAUCAUGGGCUCGACUGCAAUGACCAUCUCCAACUGCCAUUUCACUCGCCACAAUGAGGUGAUGUUGUUUGGUGCAAGUGAUGAGUACUCGGGUGAUGCAAAAAUGCAAAUUACAGUGGCAUUCAACCACUUUGGACAAGGUUUAACACAGAGGAUGCCAAGAUGUAGAUGGGGCUUUGUCCAUGUUGUGAACAAUGACUACACUCAUUGGCUCAUGUACGCCAUUGGUGGUAGCUCUCAUCCUACCAUCAUCAGCCAAGGCAAUCGAUUCAUUGCCCCUCCUAAUAGUAAUUGUAAACAGGUGACCAUGAGGGUCUCUGCUCCGGAGAGUGAGUGGAGGAAUUGGCAAUGGAGGUCAGAGGGAGAUCUGAUGAUGAAUGGAGCGUACUUUGUUGAAUCUGGGGGACCACUCAAAAAGAAACCAUUCUCAAGGUUGGAUGUGAUCAAAGCCAAGCCAGGGACAGAGGUAACCAGACUCACCCGCAAUGCCGGUGCACUAAACUGCUAUCCAAACAGCCCUUGUUAA